AUGAACGAUCUUGGCAUUGACGAUAUGGACCUCUCGACGUUUGAUUCCGUCUGCCUAGCCUACGCUGCUAUUCUCAAAGCCGCCGUGGGCCGCGUUGCAAGUGUAUGCUUUCUAAGGAGGUUUUGGGAGCGAAGAUUCAGGCACAUCCGCACGGAACGCGUACCUAGCUGCUUUGGCAGUCUAUCCCUGGUCGUAAAGGACUCAAGCUCUUCGUAUAUCCUAAAACCCAAGUACAUUCAAGGCUCAACUGCUAUUGAUCGCAAGACUGGCCUUUUGCGAGUUUGUGCUCUCAUUCUGUUGGCGGUAUCGAUGAGGCUGCUUGCCGAUAUCAAUGUCACUGGACAGCGAGAGCGUCACCAAUUAGCCUGGGAUAUCAUUGGCUUAGCGAUGAGAUGUGCUCUCAGUGCUGGGUUGAAUCACAAUCACGAUGAUGUUCACAAUGACAAAAGGACCUGGACGACAAGAAUCUGGACGACGCUGUUCGCCCUGGAUAUGACAAUCUCUUUCAAACUCGGACAUCAGGUCGGUAGUCGCGUCGGACCAUCGAACCUCUCUCAUCAGUCUGCAUUCCAUGAAUCAGCAAUGGAAACGGCCAAGAUCCGCGAGGAGAUUUUUAGGACUACUCUACCGCUGCCUCAGGAUUACGAAGCUCACCUUGAAGCAUGGACAUCGGCUGCUCAUAUUCGCCUGACUACAUGA